UAUUUGUUAUGUAAUAUUAUUUGAUUUUUUUUUUCAAGUAUAUUAAAUUAAAAUGAAAUAUAUUUUAAACAAAAAAUAGGGAGAAGAAUUUUUAUAAAAAGAAGAUGCAUUUAUAUAUAGAUUCUGCGAUGAUCUCAUCUUGAUUACUUUUCUUAUUCAAUGGAGGAAAAGAAAAUGGAAGAUUCGCUGCCCGAAGGAAUCAACGAGUUAGCUAUAGAAUCGGUAUCACGUUGUAAACCACCGAUCCCAAUAUCCAAAAAAAUGGGUAAGGCUCAGGUAAUGAGACGAGACGAUUCUUCCGGCGGUUGGCUUCCCGUUAAAGGGGGCGGCUUAAGUUGGGUCGGCCUGUUUUUAGAUGGCACGAGUUACCAGUUGGAAGAUAAAAUCGGAAGAGCAAGCGAUCGUCUCUCACCAGCUUUAAAUUUUUGUCCUACCGCAACAUCAACAGGGUCUCUCUCAAAUUUAUACGACCCCAAGACACUCGAAGAUGUGAUAGGAGGAAAGCCAGUUAUUUUAGGACAACGUAUCACGGACAAUACAAUAAUACUCAAUUGCCCUAUUGAUGAGCACAUACAAUAUAUACGCGUAAAUCCUAUCUUCCAUCAUUGGAAGACUGGCAAUGAUUUUAGAUGUGGCUUGACCUUUCAGAGUCCAGGUCAGGCCGCAAUUUUUGAGAAAGGUCUUCUAACUAUUCUGGAAAAACUUAAAAACGAUAAAAAUCAAAAUAACUCCGACAUCCUAUCGCCUAUCAAUUUAAAACGAACGGACCAAUGCACGCCUUUAUACUCCUCUACCUUAUCAAAUAGUAAUCAGAAUGCAUCGGAAGCUCUUUUCUCUGAUAUUAGUACGUAUAUAUCCCCCACUCGGCAUCGCCGAUACCUGGGAACAAUAAAAUCAUCCUACGAUAGAAUUUCCAGCCCAUAUUCUUGUAACAUUCAAAAUCUGUCCUCAGGUAAAAGCGAUUAUCAAUCGCACCAUAAAUCAAUAAUCGGUGGGUACAAUUUGAACAUGCUGAAUGCCAGCAUCAAACUACCCUUAAAAACGCAUUUAUCAUCACCAAUGCCCUUCCCUUCCUCACCAACUGUUUUAGAUCACAAAUCUAAUCAGCCACCGGAUGGCAAUUCGACUUUAAAUCUCAUUUCUGGACUGGAAGAAAAUCACAUAUUUGACAAUCAUUCCUCCAUAAAUCGUGAUAAUUAUUGUUGUAGUGCACAGGUAGCAGAUUGUAUUUCAAGCAUUUACUCUCCUCACCCAAUAGAAACCUAUGCUUCACCUCUCAUAUCUUCUCUCAUUUUGUCUAUUCACAAUAAAGAGGGGAUAGAAAACACAUCGGUAUAUUCUGCAGAUGAUCCACCGUUUGAAAAAAAAUACAACAGCCCCCCUACAAACAAAAUGUCGGAAGAUCCUUCGUUUUCGAAAUCCAAAACUGACCACAAUUAUGAAAAUAGUUUUGGCAAUAUGUUCCUAUCAUUUGUACCGCGAUAUUUUAUUCGUCGUGCUGCACCUCCUUUAACACCUAGAGACACUCGCAAAUAUUUUCGUAAAAAAUAUGACGUUGGAGAAAAGUCAAAUGAUGAAGCCUCUAUCCGAAAGGCUUCAAACCAACAAUCAGCUCGCCAAUUUAUAGAGACGAUCACGUGCAUCCAUUACGCCAGAUGCAUGCUAUACACGAUAAACAAUAACGAAAUUAAUUCAGAUUCCGAAUACUCUGACACCCUUCUCGAUCCGUGCUCAUGUUCUUGCUUCAUAUCCAACGACACAGAGGACGAAUAUGAGGAAACGGAUAAUCAAAUGGAAAACGGCUGUUCCGCUGUCAAAACAAACAAAUACGAGUUUUAUUCGCCUGGUGCAUUUAUACGCAGAUGGUUGUAUUUGGCGGUCAUGUCAAUCUUCUUCCCUUGUAUAUGUCUUUAUCCCCUUCUCAGGUGUUGCCUCCAUCGGUUUAACACAAACUCGCCUAACGAUAUAGAUUCCGAAAAUUAUGGUCAUGCUGCUACUACUAAGAGUGUUUUUAAUAAAUCUCCUGCCAACAUUGUUUAAAGAGUUUACACCUUGUCUAGCUUAAUGUAUUAUAAUUAGUAAAAUUUUAAAAUAACAAGAUGACAUUUAUUUAAAAAAUUAUGUCAUGGCAAUUCGCAAAAUAUGCACCUUUCGAAGCAUUUACCAAUUUUUAUAUAAAUUAUUGACCUAAACCAAAGUAAACCAUAUUUUAAGAAAGAAUGAAUGUGCAAUUUUGUUUAUUAAUUUAAAAUUUAGCACUAUAUUUUUCAAGCGUUGAAAAUAUAAUUGUAAUAUAAUUCUACCCCAA